GCGACCGGUGGGCGCGGGAGGGAGCGGAGAAGGAGGGGAGGAGGGGGCAACGGGGGCGCGAGCGCGCGUGCGCGUAGGAAUCCGAGGCGCGGGAGGAGGCGGGAGCUCGGGAGGCUGCGGAGGGGGCGGGUCUCGCGUCAGGCGCCACGUCCGCAGCCGGAGGCCGCCGCCGCCUCGGACCUAGUCUUCCGAGUCCUGAGCCCGAGGAGAGCGAGCGGAGGAGAGUGAGCAUCUGGACCGCGCAGCCGACCCCGAUCGCGUCGCCGCCUCUGCAGUCCCCGGUGCCGCCGCUCCUCCCCUCUGCCCGGUCGCUGCCCGCCCCGACCCCGACCCCGCGGUGAUCAUGAAUCAGGCAGAUAAAAAUCAAGAAAUUCCAUCUUACCUUAGUGAUGAGCCACCCGAAGGGUCAAUGAAGGAUCACCCACAGCAGCAACCAGGCAUGUUGUCUCGUGUGACUGGAGGGAUCUUCAGUGUUACCAAGGGAGCUGUUGGCGCCACCAUUGGUGGUGUGGCUUGGAUUGGUGGAAAGAGUCUGGAGGUGACCAAAACAGCUGUUACAACUGUGCCUUCCAUGGGAAUAGGGUUGGUGAAAGGCGGCGUGUCCGCUGUGGCUGGAGGUGUGACGGCUAUGGGUUCUGCUGUUGUAAACAAAGUGCCCUUAUCAGGAAAGAAGAAAGACAAGUCUGAUUAAGGGACAGGAACACGCGUGCACUUGUGCACUGGCACACGUGUGCCACAGACUAGGAUGCCAGUGGCGUUGAACUACUCAACACAGACUACAGCCAAGCCCACUGCUAAACUGUUGUGCUCAAAGUAUUGACGGCUGGCUUCUCUAAAACAAGACGAGACCAAUACUCUCUCAGUGUGUGGAGGCUUUUCACACUUACGUCCAGCUUUUUAUCUGGUAAAAUGUUACACUUGCUCCGUUGUAACUGAAGAUAUGGUAUGUUUAAAUAUUUGCUCUGAGUCUUUCAGUUUGACUAAACAUGUGAAAGUUCACCCUAGUAGAUGACUGCAGUCCCACGUGUGCAGUGUGCCAGGUCACUCAUGUGCCCCUUAGAAGGGACUCUUGAACCACAUAAACUGUACCUUUGAUGUGCCUAAUAGUUUCAGAUGUCUUAGUUUUUUAUAACAAUAGUGGUUUAGGCCAAGAGGCGUUCUUAUUUAAGCUGGCAGAAAAGUCGCAGGAAUUCAGAAGUUUAGAAGAUAAAUGGUUUUAUGAUACUGUUAAUUGUUUUUUGUUAGAUAUACCUUUUGUUUAAUCAUUGAUGCCUUACAAAAGAAAACAUCUUUUCUAAUACCGUAAAUAUGCGCAGUUCUUAUAAUUAUCAGUGAAUUCCUUUAAAGGUUGUAAAACUAGUUUUCCCUCUUAAGAAUCUCAGGAGUAUUGGGUGAAGGCGUUUCCUGUGUCGGUGAGUGAGACAGUGCUUGUUUGCUGUCAGGAGUUAACAUCAGACAUAGGCUUCAGCUGGGCUCAUGGUCCCAUCGUCAAUACGCCCCACAGUGCCUAGGGAAUAUUUCUUAGCUGAUCAGAAGCUGUGUGGGAAGAGUUUUAUAUUAAGUAGGAACAAGUAUUAGUUUUUAAGUUCUUAAUUAUCUGAAGCAUCUACGAUAAUCCUCCAUGCAUCUCUGUCUUCAGGAUGUCUUAAAUUAUCAGUAGCAACUCCUUUAAAAAUACAAUAGAAGCAACCACACAUAUAUGAGGAUUGACUCUUCAAAUGAGUGAGAUGGGCUGCACACAGUGCUCUCAGUGACUUCUAUAGGUUGUUUGUUCAUCUGUCUUCUGAGAUAGUAGCUCCUGCAGCCUAGGCUGGUCAGGAACUGGAUACACAGCGGAGGGAAACCUGGAGCUCCUCCAUCCUCUUGCCUUCACUUCCCAAGUGCUGGGUCUAUGUGAUGCUGGGGAUGGAGCCCAGGGCUGCAUGCGUGGUAGGCCAGGACUGCACCAGCUGAGCAGCACUUGCAGCAGAAUUCACUCGUGCUUUAACGCAUGUUCUUCUGCAGCCCUUUAAAGCGGAUGUAGACAGUUUUCAAGCCAGUGUCAGGUAGGGAGUUGACUUUCUUUGGCAUGGUGGUGAGUGUGUUGUGUCUGAAUGUUCAUCAUAGCUCAUUUACUCUCACAGAACCGAACUCAAAAGUCCAUUUGUUUUGUUUUAGUGUUCAGUUUCAUGAAAACUUUAGUAAGUGAAAUAUGUAUUUGGGAUUUAUCUUAUAAGCUAAGCCUGGGGAAAACCCUUAAUUUUCUUUAUACCUAAAACUAGAAAUCUGUCUCCAUUUUGUCCUUUCUAAUUCCCUGGAGAGGAGAGUGGUGCCUUGGCAUAAAUAAGUCAAAGUGUAGUGUCUGAGAACGUGAGAAGACCACCCUCACACGCAGGCUUCAGUGUUUGUAACUUGUGCGUCGACAACUGGAUAAAAGUAGAAAAUUUAAAAGCAUUCAUAAAUAACAGCAGGAAUUUCAAGCAAAUCUAUAAAUGUUCUUGGACCUUUAUGCUUACACAGAACUGAAAAUCACUAAGGAAUUAAAUUCAGAAGGAUUAAAUGGCCAUUUAUCUCAUGCAAUAUAAUGGAGGAGGCAUUUGUUGGUACAUCUGGUGAAAUGUCUUAACAAAUGAUAUUUUUUUAAUUCCAAAAUUAAUAGACCCAUUCUCAGUGAUGUAAAUACUGGUGUUGGAGAACUCGAUUCCUGCCAUUUAGGAAUUACUGCUGGUUUGUGUUUCUAACUUCAAGACUGGUUUAUGUGAGCUUGCAUAUUUAUUUUCAACUUUGCUUGUCUUUAAAAUCACUUAAGGAAGAUGGCUGUGAUUAAUCUCUGCUACAGAAAAGCCACCCGGUAAAUUUUCCCCAUUCUCCUAAAUGCUAAAGUGCAAUGUUGCUCAGAGGGGCUUUUACAGCAGUAGCAGAACUGCGCAGAUGUGCAGUUAUAUCGUUCCGUUGAGAUGAGCUUACAUUUGAUGGUGUGUACAGCUGUACAUGUCUCUCCCGGUUUAUUUACAUAGACGAGCAGUGUGAUCUGUUAAACAGGACUAGCUCACUUCCGAAACUAUGGUUGUUGUAUGCAUCUGGAAGCAUCUGGUAUUUAGCUCCUUUUUUUUUUUUAGUGGGUUUUGGCACAGUGGAGAUAAAUUUGUGUGAUCCACUUGAAUAAAUGACCUAAUGUUGACAUAUGAAUACUGUAUUUAGUGACAUGUCACAUGAAAGUAGCUGACUGAAUAAUGCGGGUUGUUCCUUUUUGUAUUAAAGGGAUGGGGAAGGACACAUGAAUCUGAUAAUAAAGGACUAUGAUCUGCAAAGAUGGAAUGUUUCAUAAAGAUCUACAGGAAUAAAGGCAAUUCUUAAACAGGAUCUUAAAACUUUCGGUUACAUAGCAGUUCAGGAAGUGCUGUAGUCAGGUUUUUGGUGGUAGCUGACAGACGUGAUAAUCUGGAAAUAGACAGAACAGUAAAUACAAACACAAUUGUAGAACUAAGACUGAGAGAUGUCCAGGUUUUGUCAGUCUCCAGGGUGGGCCAAGUGUGAACGCUGAGUUACACCUGGGGAGCACGUCUAGUGUAUAUUGUAGGGGUCCCAUGCCCACUUCUCCAGGGCUGGCGUUAUAAGUGUUACCAUAAUUGGCAUUUUUCAUGUGAGUUCUAGGAAUCAAACCUAACUUAGAUUCUCAUGUCCCAAACGCUCUGCUAACUGACGUGUGUCCUGAACCCUCCUCUCCCUCACACCAGUCCACCCCACCAUCCCACUCCACACAGCCCACUCCACACAGCCCACCCCACACAG